AUGGAGGUUUUGACAAAAGGAAUAACUGAUUACAAUAACGGACAAAGUGCAACAAAAAAGGAGGAAUGGCAAAUAAGCAAGGCCAAGAGAAACAAGAAGAAGAAAAUGGCACAGAAAAAGAAUAUUGUGAUAUUCAAAGCAGUGGCACCUACUUACAGUAUCAAAAAAUAUAAAAGGACCACUCAGAAUAUCAACAAGAAUGAAUGCCCUGAAAGAGAUAAAGAGAAGGGUGACAAUGAGACAGAUAAUACUAUUGUAGAUGUCAGAGAUGCUAUACAAGAGGAUGAUAAUAUGGAACCUGAAGAAGAAGUGCAAAAUGAACAAGAAGGACAGAAAGAAAAUUGCUCCAGCACAGAGGAAAGAACUGCAGCACAAGAUGGUAACAAUGAUAUUCAAGACCAGCAGCACCAAACGGAUGACAGUGCUGAAGAUGUUGAGGAUACUGGACAACUGGACACUGGAGAUACUAAUGUACAGACUGAGAAAGAACCAAACAACAAACAACAACAACAAAAGAAGGAGGACAUAAACAACGCCAAUGAUAGCAGUAAAGAGCACCAAGGAAAUCAGCAGAAAGAAACCAAUAGAAGAAAGGUUGAUCAUCUAAAAGACAAAGGAGAACAAAAACAAGUUAAAAACCCAGCUGUUCCAAAAAGACCAAAGGGUUAG